AUGCAUUCGAUUCAUGAUCCCCAUGUCCCUUUUGCCCUCCCACUCAACGAGCCUCCAAUUCCCGGAUCAGUGAUCGAGGUUCACGGAAAACACCAUCAUCAUGAUACCUUUGUCGUUGAGCUCCUUGCCGGUCCACACAUUCCGCUUCAUCUCUCAUUCCGUUUCCAUCAUGAACAUGACCUCGUUUUAAACGCUGCCGCUCAUGGACAAUGGGGCUGUGAGCAACGAGUGCACAACCCGAUCCCCAAGCAUGAUCAUCAUUUUACCAUCCGCAUCAAAGUCCACGACUCGCAUUAUGAUGUCGAGGUGGAUGGACAUCAUAUUGCCACAUUCAACCAUCGUUUCCCCUAUGCCUCAGUUCAAGCUAUUGGAUGCCAUGGCGAUGUCCACAUUAAACACAUUCAUUUUCAAGGAUUCCAUUUCCACAACGCAUGGAACCACCAGGGACAUGACUUUGGACACGGGGGAUACAUUGGAUAUGGAACUUCAGCCUAUCAGCCACCAGUUGUCCCUCAAGCUCAUCCAAUCAACCAACAUUACGAUCCAUACCGC